AUGGAGCGCAAAUCCAGUCGCAGAAGAAACGCUCCUGCAGUGGACAUGGACAGGCCGCAGCACAAGCCUGUUGCCAAGGCACGAGAACAAGCCAGAGUACGCGGUUCGAAAUCGAAUAAUUUAUGGCCAACGCUAUAUUCCUCUUUGGCCGUGUGUUCUAUUAUACUCUUUGUCUAUAUCGGAAGCGGCGGGAAUGGACCGUUUCGGCCACCUCUGGCAUUCCCAGACGAUAAGAAGCAUCAGGUUCCACAUGCAUCCAUUUCAUCAGCACUACAGCUCCAUCCUGAAAACCACAUACUUCGCGAGGCAACAGUGCAGUCAUUAAAUUGGCAUAUAAGCUCCAGCUAUCGCCGUCCCGAUGGGGUCAAGAAACGCGUAUUCCUAAUAAACGAUGAAUUUCCAGGCCCGACUAUCGAGGCACGCUCUGGAGAUACCCUAGUCAUCACAGUCCAUAAUGAUCUGCAGGACGAAUCUCUCGCUAUCCAUUGGCAUGGUCUGAGAGGACCAAACUCCAUGGACGGAGUCGUUGGCGUGACACAAUGUGCCAUUGCUCCUGGCUCUUCAUUUACAUACAACUUCACCAUCCCGGCCGACCAAAGCGGCACGUUCUGGUACCAUUCUCAUUCGAACGUUCAAAGAUCAGACGGACUGUAUGGCGGUCUCGUGGUGCAUAAACCUGUAUCGAAACCCACGGUACGCGGACUGUUGGCCGGUCAUGACUUUCCAGAUAGUGAAAAGUACCAUUAUAACAAGGAGCUUUUGCUUCUUGUGGGCGAUUGGUAUCAUCGCUCCGCUGUAGAUGUCUUGGCUUGGUAUAUGCGCGCUGGGUCCUUUGGAAACGAACCAGUUCCUGAUUCCUUGCUUGUCAACGGACUGGGGCGAUAUAACUGUUCGAUGGCGGUACCAGCCCGGCCUGUAGAUUGCAAUGGGAACCGUUCGCUUCCUUAUCUGGAUCUGGAUCCGAGUAUUACAUAUAGAAUCCGAGUAGUCAACACAGGUUCCCUCGCCGGCUUCACGCUCCGAUUUAAGGAAGAGAACCUCCAGCUUAUCCAACUAGACGGUGGUAUAGAUGUGGAAUCCCAAUAUCAGCAAACAGCCACGUCUGCCGGCAUUCUCUUUCCAGGACAACGAAUGGACUUGGUUCUGAAAGCAUCCUCUCAUACAGACAAGCAUACUCCAUCCUCCUUAACAGUAGAGCUAGACAAAGGCUGCUUCAAAUACCCAAACCCAGCAUUAACCCCAUCGCACACCUUCCCCAUCUACUACAACAGCGCAUCCAUCCCCAUAUCCAACAUCAACUCACAACCACUACCACCACCGCCGUCAACCCCCAACGACUCCUCCCACAUCGACAUAGAACGCGCCUCAUCCGCAUCUUCCAUCCUCGCCUCCCUUCCCUCCAAAGCACAACAAACGCACGUGGUAUAUACGAAAGUCGAAAAACUCGCUCGACUCUCCAACGUCCCUUACGGCUUCUUCAACCGCACCACAUGGAAACCACAGGCUGAUCCACCGACACCGCUAAUCUCUCUACCUCGACAACAAUGGGAUCGGAACCAACUUGCUGUCGUGACGGGUCCAGAGCCAGAAUGGGUUGAUUUCAUAGUAAAUAAUUUGGAUGAUAGCUCACAUCCUUUUCAUCUUCACGGCCAUAACUUCUACAUCCUCUUCAUCCACAAAGCCUCUAUCGGAUGGGGUUCGUAUAAUCCAUUCCAAGAUACUUCCCCUCCAGGCCUACCUCCUUCUUCCUCUAAUCCAGAAUACACUCCAUACAACCUCACCCGCUCUAUCCUCCGAGACACAGUCCAGAUCCCAUCCCGUGGAUACGCGGUCUUGCGCUUCCGUGCUGAUAAUCCGGGAACAUGGCUUUUCCAUUGUCAUAUCGCGUGGCAUCUGGCUAGCGGGAUGGCUAUGGUGGUGGAUGUUUUGGGUGAUAGGGAGGGGGUGGAGGCGCAUACUUCUUUUAAUGGCCUGGGUUUUGCGGGGGAAGGGGGAACGUGUGCGGGGAUGUAA